UGCGCGAGUGCUCUCUUGACGGUGGAACGACCCCGACGCCCGGCGAACGCCGACUCGCCCGUGUUUGAACAACGUCGCCGCCCUGUUUGCGUUCUCGCGGCGCCGCCGACCUUCCCGAACGUGCUGCGUGGAUUAUUUGUGGUAUUUCGUUGCGGUGGAGUCGCCUCACGGGAGAUCUGCAGGAAGCAGAAACUGAUUAUGUGAAUGCACUGAUCAAGAAAACGAAAACGUCAUGAAUAUAAACAAUAACCACAUGAGCACCAGUGCCCAGGGCAGGGUGCGAGCGAUGGCCUCCAGCUACAGCAACGGCAUCACUUCGCCGUCUCAAAUUCCCUUGCCCAAGUACACAACAACUUUCCGGUUUCCUUCCGACACGUCGCCUCAACAAUCGACCCAACAACCGGAACAAAACGGCAAUGAAUACAGAUGGAAAACAAAAUACGAGGAAGCGGAGAGAAAACGUAAAACGCUGUUGACAGAAAACCAGAAAAGUGCUAGAGAUUACGCCAACCUUGAACGACGUUUCAAAGACCUAAACAACGAAUGUAAUGGACAUCAACGUCUUUUGCAAGAGAAAACACAAGAAUUCAUUAAACUUAAACAAGGUGCUCUAUCGAUUCUAAAUACUGAGGACGCCUAUGACGAGAAGGAAUUGAGCGGCCUCAAUAUCAACACUUGGUGGGGGUGGUAUUCACAAAAUCGAGAGCUCAAAAGGAAGAGUGCAGUGUUGGUUCAGAAGUUUUUGGAAGUAUCCCCUGCUGGUGUGCUUGAGUUAGCUGAUGAAGGUGAUAAUUCCAAUUCUGCAAAUAAAGAAGAUGAUGAGUUGGAAGGAUUGAGAAACACUGUAAAAGGUCUGAGUGAAGAAGUAGCUAGACUCCAAACAGAACUCAAAACAGCUCGCCUACAAGAAUUUGAAGCUCAAGAGCAAGUCAUUAAUUUGACUGCACAGUUGGAAGAAGAAUGUUCUGCUCGCUCUCGAGCAGAAACUGAACUUCGUGAAUUACGUGCCAUGAAAGAAAACAUGGGCCAUGUAUCAAAGCUUGUUGCUGUGGAAAUGGCCAGUCUUCGUGAACAAUGUGUACAAGAGAGGGAAGUGGCACUUCGAAUGAAAUCAGAAGCUAAUGCAGCCCAAAAAGAAAGAAAUGUCCUGGCUCAUCAAAGUGCUCUAUUACUAAGUGAAGUGGUUGGUGAUGAAAAGUUAUUGAGGAUUUUGCAAGAAGUAGAGAGCCUGAAACGACAAAUGGAAGAACAGCAACAGAAGCAUGCGGCUGAAAUGCAUGAUAUUCAGGAAAAACUGGAACAAGCAGAAAAUGAUGCUCAACUAGAAGUUCUCCAAGAAAAGUUGAAACUCUCAGAGUCUGAACUUGAAUGUGCUUUACAAAGAGCUGAAAGAGCUGAGAAACAAACUGCCCAACUCUCUGGAAAAGUAAAUCAGUUGGAAGAAGAAUUAGAUCAUCUCAAAUGUCCCCCUCCGCCACCUCCUCCACCUCUUCCUCCCCCACCACCACCUCCACCUAUUCCAAGUGGAGGCAUUAGCAUGCCCCGGAAAGCAUCAACUAUUUCGCUCGACAGCAUAACAAAACCCACAGAGGAGAAAACUACUGGUAAUCCAGUUCUUGACAUGGCAAACAUGUUGGGAAUCCCUCGUAAAAUGUCCACUGCUCCACAAAGUGGUGCCAUAGAUGACAUUAUUAACCAAAUCAAAGGAGGACGCUUCACUUUAAGAACUCCAGAGAAACAACAAAGUCGCAAGGAAGAAGAAACUCCAGCAGCUGUUCAAGAAAUGCUUAAUGUGUUGGGAACUUUAAAACGAAGACAAAAGAACCCUGCUCGGCAAUCUCCUUCAUGCCAUCAACUUGCUGAUGUAGCGUUGUAAGACUGAGAAAUUUUUUAAUUCCAUGUUUGUCCUUACUUCUGUUUUUGAAUGAUUUUAUAUAGUUUGUGAUUGUGUUCUGAGAGUAAGUUAAUGUUACUCACCUGUUUUUUGUCACUGGUGCUAUCUUGCUCAUUUCGUAUGAAAGUAAAUUUUAAUUUGAUUAUGAUGGUACUUUUCUCAGAUCUUAUAAUGUUGUACACAACUUCCUGUUGUAAAUAUUCUUUCAAAAUCUUGUACAAACAGUAUUAAACCAAAAAAAAUGAAGUUUUGUGUUUUUCUUGUUUCUUUAAAUGGACAUUUCAAGUUAUCAUCGUACUCUUGAAUUGAAAAAUUUAAUGUGUUCAAGUCUUGUCAUAACUUAGAUAUCUAUCUCUCAUUUUUUGUUAUGUUCCUGAGAGACAUUCUAUAUUGAUUUCACAUCCCAUGUGCCCUGGCAAGUGUUAAAUAUCUAGUACCAUAAUUACAAUUGACAUUUGUCAAAUAGCAUAAUAUCUGAUUCCGUCCGCAGAAGCCUACGAACGCAGCAAAAUAUCAAUUUUCAAAUAAGUUUCAAUACUACGAUUUUCCAUUUUAAAUAAGCAUCCUUUUGGGGCCAUAUUUUUCCUGAGAAUGAAAGAAAGGACAAUGUGCAUGUUAAUAAUUAAUUUAGUAAUAUUUUCAAUGAUGAUGAAAUGAGAUCAUAAUACCUAGUGGUAAAGUAUAUUUGAAGAUCUUAUCACUAGAGAUAUUACAGGUCAUUACUGCAGCAAGGAAGGAGUUGAUUUGAUUCCCCUUAUUUUUUAAAUUAAAAGCAAUGAGAGAUACAAAAUUUUCAGAUCAAUAAAACAAUUAAUUAAACAUUAACCUUGUUCAAGUUACAAAGAGAGAGCCUUGGGCUACGAUUGAAAAUAUCUUGACUCGCAAAUAUACAUUGGAUAUUUAGGCUCUACAAUUUUUUAUUUUAGGUGUCUCAAAGGGGGUCUUAAAAAAUAAUAUAGAUUGUAUAUUUUUUAAAUGCAGAAUAAAUUUGUAAUAAGAAAAUAAGUUUUUAUUUCAAUUUUAUUCUCGGUUGUCACCACACUGUUAUUGGGUAGGCAAUUACAUUGGGAAUAUGUCAGCACAGUACAUGUCUUCCACAAUGUCAGAGCUUAAGUGUCUUCAAUUGAGUGUCAGAGCUAGAGCAAUAAACCAGAAGACCCAAAUUCGAUUUCCACUUACAGCGACAGAUAAGGAGGAAGGGCAGAAGGGAGAAGACUACCAAUUAUGAUAAAAUACUAUAGGGUAAAGAUAAAUAAGAAAUGUAACUAAAAUAGAAAACUUAAAGUAGCAGCCUCCAAAUCUAACUUGAAACAGGAAAAGGCUUAUUGACAUUUGUACACAUUAAUGAUGAUGAUGAUGAUGAUGCCUGAAGUAAUAAAAUAUACUAGCUGAACCCUUACAAACAUUCUGCUCUCUACAAAUCAUUAUUUUUAAAAUGAAAAACAGAAUGAAACUGGAUCCUAAUUUUUGAAGGAUCAAUAAUAAAAGGUUAAAGGUCUUAUUUAGUAGAAUAGUAAGAAACUACCUAUUCCCUCCCUGUCCCCACAAACCCCUAAAUCUAGUCAUUAAUUUCUCAAAUUAUAAGUUUUUCUUGGGGGGUGGGGGGUAUGGCUUAAAUAGUAUGAACGCUACUUGUGACAUUCCCUAAAAAUAAAGAAAUACUCAAAGAAAAUUAUUCUAUGAUUCAAAUAUGCAUUUUUAAUAGCUACUGGUCACUAAAGGGAAAAUGUUUAAACUUAAAGAUUGCUAUUGCUUCAUCAAAUAAUAUGAUUUGCAAGAAUUAUGGCAAUACAAAUCUGAAGAAUCUUCCUUUCUUUAGGUAAGACUUACAAGCAAGUCUUUUUUGCACAUAAAUUAAUAGAAUUUGUAAUUUUUUGGCAUAAAAUAAUUGUGAAAAUAAAUAUAUCUUAUAUGGUUAGUUUUCUGCAGAUUCUAUUGAUUAAUUUCAAUAAGCAAGAUAAUUUAUUUGUAGGUCUGUCACUCAACAAUUUGCAAAAGAAAAAACUGAAUUACUACAUUUUAAUUGACUUUCAUUGUUUAAAUAUUACUGUGAAAGAUCAUAUUUAAUCCAGGAGUGCCUGCAAUAGAUCUGUGAUAUCCAAGCCAAGGCAAUUUUAUGUCCCUAAAUUAUUGCGACCCAUUGCUGAUAUUUCAUAUAUUCCUUCAUUUCUGUGAACGCUUCACUUUUUUUUCCAAUGCGGUAUUAUGGCAUUAUUUUUAGCCAUGUCUAUGACAAGUGCAUAAUUCAGAAAAUGUAAUCAUUUGUCUUAUCUAAGAUCUACCGUCACAAUUUCUUCUCAAAAGGAAAGAUGUGCAAGAGACGUCUGUAAGGAACUGUAAAAUGUAUGCUUAUUUAGAACAUGC